AGAGAAGAUCAGUCACAAACGACCGCGCGCUGGAUAGCAUUGAAUAUUCGCCAACACAGCUUGGCUUUAUCUUUGCCACUUUUAUCAACCGGAUAUACUUAAUUACAAUAGUAAAUGCAUUAGAUGCACUAGUGCGUUAGUGUCUCAGCAUGGAAAACAACAAUACAGUUAUACAAAUGUCUGCCGAACAGUUAAAUUCACUGAUCGGGGCAGCAAGAACCGCACCCACCGCCGCACAAACCAGAGGUUCGUUAAGCAACUGCACCAGCCACUUCCGCGGACAACGCGACCACGAGGCCGUCGAAGAGUUCAUCACCGCGGUUGAAACCUACAAGGAGCUGCAGUCGAUCAGUGACGAAGAGGCACUCAAAGGACUAUCGCUGCUGCUGCACGGUAUGGCCUCCACAUGGUGGCAAGGCGUACGCAAAGAGGCGAAGACGUGGCCGGAUGCCAUCACACUAAUCCGCCAACACUUCGCGCCCACCAAGCCGCCCUACCAGAUUUACUUGGAAAUCUUUGGUAAAAAGCAAGACGAACGCACACCCAUCGACCCAUUUGUCUGCCAGAAACGUGCGCUGCUUGCACAGCUGCCGGAGGAUCGUCACGACGAGGAGACCGAAUUGGAUUUGGUUUAUGGUUUGCUGAACAUCAAAUAUCGCCGUCACAUACAGCGACUGGAUGUUAAGUCGUUCCGGGAGUUAUUAGAGAAGGGGCGUAUAAUUGAGCACAAUAAUUUGGAGUACGACACAGUGCAAUUGUUGCAGGCCACAAAACGCAACAAACGCUGCAGUUACUGUAACUUCCGUGGACACACCUACGACGAAUGCCGGAAACGCAAAAACGAAAAUGACGGCAAAACCAAUGAAGCCAGGAGCAGUGCCAGUGAAGCAACUGAGAACUAAAAAGAAUCUCGUAGUGAAGCAGAAGACACAUUCCAGCACACUUACAGUUUAUUAUUUAUAAGUUAAUAUUAAAAAAACAUUUGUAAACUAACACUUUUUCAACUUUCUCACCCCUCAUCCGCAACGAAGAAACUCAAAGUGUUUACCAAAUCUCUCAAAUUACAUUGGAUUAUCGGGUUGCCAGGCAAGGUAUUCAGCGUAGCCAUGUGCUGUGCUGUUUGCUUUGCCUGAAGAAAUACGCAUGAUCCAAUUGAGAGGAGAGACUUGGUGACGUUUUGAGCACACCAUUAUUCAACGUAACACAAAAGCGCAAACCAGCCGUGCCACUCACGGCUCAAAUUGGCCUACGUACGCCAGCAACUUCACAACUACUGGAGAAUCGAAUUGUGAAGCCCCUCCAGUGGUUCACUAUAAAAGAGUCAAGAGAGUGAGCAGCAGCCUCCGUCUGUUAUUUACGUCAGUGAGUAUUUUUUACUGCACCAACCUUCUUUCAAACGGCAAACAAAAUGGUAGCUUCAACUUCGCAGCGGUUUUCGGCGUCAACUCUGGUGCACGGCGAGCAAUUGAAAUCUUUGUUAAGGUCUCAGUGGCUCGUCAUGCAUCCUGGUUGAUGUCGUUUUCUACUACAAGCUAAGGUAGCCACUUUGUGUGUUGAAUUUGAAAGGACGAAGAGAGUGAAGAAUACGUACGAGGACAGUAACAAAUUUGCAUGGUUGCAUGCUCCUAAGACUCGAACUUCGCUGUAUUUAGUGGUAGAGGCCUGUAUCUCUGGAGAUACCUUUUUGGUAUGCUCUUGGGUAGCAGGUGCUCGCAACUGAGUGCAGUGAUUCCUAAUGUUGCAUAUUGCUGUCUACGAUUUUACGCUCUUUUACCGUUAGUUGCAUACGGUUGAUAUUGCAGUGUGUUUGGCGCAUUCUACGCUCACCCGUACAAUUACGUGUGUGGUGAGGCGAAUUCAUAAAGGGUGACAACAGCCACCCUGUAUGAAUUCGCCUUGACAUAUGCUGCUAGAAGCAGGCGUAUAUUUUAAACAUACGUAGUUAUUAUGAACGUAAUGUGCGUGAGAGCUCAACGGUUCUUGCCAAAGCCGCUGCCAUAUUAUGUUAUGUGCUAUUGGUAUUGGAGCGCAAAAGUUUGGACAGCAAUUUUAUAUGUGACAAGAAAUGUUUUUAGGCACUUUCGUGUGCGCCUCUCUUCAAACGAGUACAACGAUGGCUAUGCACAUUCGCUAUUCGUACAGAUGUUGGCACGCCAAACUGCCGCUCCGCCAAACUGCAGUGCGUCAGGUGUGAGGCACGUCAACCACAUUCAUUCUCUUUCCUUGGUCUUUGGCUUGUCACAACAUUUACAUGUGUAUCUCCAGAAAUGUUGUGACCGUCACGGACCCCACGUUUGUUAAGUUCCACAUGUACUAUUCCCACACUAUUCGAUGGCGCCACCUCAAGAGAAGCUAACGGCGGCGCUGGCCAAUUAUGACGAUCACCGAGAGCGCGUCAAUCAGUUGUCUGGAGCACCUGGCUUACACUUCGGUUGCAUUGUCUAAUGGUCACAUAAAUCGUCGGCUUUGCGAGUUUUCAUCGCCUUUUCGUUUGGCAUCGAGUUUUAUGGGAAUUCGCAUGUGGAACUUCAACGAACGCAAAAAUUCUAAAACUAUCCCUUCUAACCAAAACCAACCAAAAUAAAUAAAAAAACAAAAACUAAAA